UUUCCCUUGUCUCGUUGAAAUCAAGGCGGAGGCUUUCAACCGAGAAACGACUUGUUUUCUUCUGUAACUUGUUGACGCUGAUAAUGGGGUUGUGGACUUUGCUCCAAGGCUUUUUGCUACUUGCAAAUGCAUUUGCAGUACUGAAUGAGGAUCGGUUUCUUGGUCCGAGGGGGUGGACCUUGUUACAAAUACAAGGAGGAAAAACCACGCUUAAGGGACAGAUCAUAGGGUUUAUACAUGCAUGCCAAUACUUCAGAUUACCUCUUAUAGUUUUGAACAUCAUAACCAUUGCAGUGAAGCUAAUCUCUGGGUGAAGCUCUGUGUGAUUUAUGCCUCUUUGUAAUUUAUGAAUUUUGGGCUAGUUAACAUGGUUUUGAUCCAUGGCCUUCGUUGUUGUUGUACAUAUAGUUUACUUAUUUGAAUUGAGUUUCAAAAUUUUCCCCUUUUCACUUCUCCUCUGUUUUGUUUGUUGUUCACAAGAAACACAAGAGAAUCGGGAUGCAGAUAGCUUAUUGAGUUGAUGGUAGUGUGUUGGUUGAAGUUUGUCAUGCUAAAAUUAAGCUGUUGGUUACUUUCUUCAUCUUUGUUUCUACAAAUAAAAGGUCUUAGGUUAGCCCAAGUAGUGAAGGGAGGAUGAAGUUCGAUUUCCUCCAUUGUAACGAAAAAAGGAUGGGCAUAUAAAAUGAGUCUACAUUUUAA